UCUGCCAUUCAGAGCUUCAGCUUCCUGCCGCUUCGAGCUUCCAACUCUUCACAACAACAAUGAGUGAGUCACUGACGGUGUGCGAAGUGGACGAAGACCUGGUCAAAAUGCUGCAAAAGUUUCGUAUGCGCAAGGAGACCAACAACGCCGCCAUCGUCAUGAAAAUUGAUAAGGACAAACACCUUGUGGUUCUUGACGAAGAGCACGAGGAUAUUUCCCCUGAUGACCUGAAGGACGAACUCCCGGAGAGACAGCCCAGAUUUGUGGUCUACAGUUAUAAAUACCAUCACGACGACGGACGAGUGUCCUACCCGCUAUGCUUCAUCUUCUCCAGCCCAGUAGGUUGCAGGCCUGAGCAGCAGAUGAUGUAUGCAGGAAGUAAGAACAAAUUGGUGCAAACGGCCGAAAUGACAAAGGUGUUUGAGAUCCGAAACACGGAGGACCUGACGGAGGAGUGGCUCCGAGAGAAACUGGCCUUCUUCCGCUAAAAGGAAGCCCGGAUUGUGCAACGCAGAUGUUCCUGCGGGGGUGGGGUGGGGUGGGGUGGGGGGGACACCCUGCCACUGUUGCCCUGCCGCUGUUGCCCUUCUCCUGAAGCAGACCUGAUUUAGACGCCGUCGACUCCUUCCUGUCUCGUUUUAGGCUUCUCGCUGGCUGAAUCUAAAAUGGAAAACACCGUUUGACACAGGUCUGAUUCCCACCGCUGACCCCCCCACCCCCAAAUCCAUUUUUUUGUGGCCUCCAUGUGCCAAGUGUGUUGAAUUAACACUCCCGCAACGCUCAAGAGGGGACCAAGCUCAUACGUCGCUUCCUAACGCUCAUUCUGGGAGAGGCUUUGUGCCCGUACAGGAAGUGGUUUACUAGUUUAUUCCUUUUGCCUUUUAGUAGUAUUACAUUUGGUGCGUUUGGGUUGUGGGACAUUCUUUGAAAUACUUUCUUGGUUUUUUUGUUUGGAUUUACAUUUAUACACAAUAGUCUGCAAAGGCUGUUAAUUUGAGGGCGGAAAUCUAUAGUUUUUUUCCCUACAGAGUUUCCACAUACUAAUUUUUGGCUUGAGGCCUUUAUAUUCCGGAUACCGAUGGUGCUUACUAGUGGAGAUUCGAACCCGGGGCGUCCGCCCCAAAGUCCAGAACGCGAACCACUACACCACGGCGGGCCCAAAUCUAUAAGGCGUUAUAUACAAAUUCAAUAUUGGCAUCCCAGCUGGUCGUGCAAGUGGUUUUUUUUUGUUAGUUUUAAGUGUUGUCGGGGUGUCACGUAUUCAUCCCGUGUUCUUUCCGCGGUUCUUCCGAUGUCACCGUCCACAACACUGAUACAUUCCAAAAGGGACCAUGUGACCAGUGAAUCCACUCCAUAGCUUCUACUGUGCGUUCGUAAUACUAUUAGUAGUCGUGUUGAUGAAUGUGAUGACAGAUUCUGGCAUCAAACUGCUUUGAGGUUGUGAUGUUCCGGCGGGAAAGAUGAGAAAAUGGAACGUUCCUGUAAGGAGUGGUGUCGGAUUGUCACAGGAAUGUUUCUGAAUGUUCUGAACUCCUUUUUCGACGCCCGUGUCAAGCGUAAUGCUGCCUGGAGGGGUUGACUUGGUGUGGGAGUGGACAGCGCCACUGCUGGUUGCCGCCUACUAAUGUCUUUUACGCCCCAUCUCCUGUUUCCAUGACGAUGCAAACCCGUGACAGACGUCUGCGCUGUCCAUUGUGCUUUUGUGCCAGUAUCAUUAAAAAAAUUAAAUGCUAAAUUGCAACUCUGUUGGGUCUCCGGGUGGAAACCAAACGUCCACUUGAGGUCAAGAUGCCACAUUUUUAACAGGCAUGCACCCUCUGUAACGUUCAGAUGACUACCGUAUUUUCCUGACUGCAAGUCGCAUUUAUUUCACAACUAUACAAUAGCACAAAAGAACAGGCUGAAUAAAUGCCCUCUAUGUUAACAUAACACAACUUCACCGAGCUCCCAAUCUCAUAUAAUCACCUUUAUACUUCUAUUACCAAAUUUAGUAGACAUUAACUUGGGAUGCUCUGAUCAGGGUUAUAUGCUGCGAUUCCGAUACCAAACAUCCAUAAAUGAAAUGGGCCGAUACCGAUCACAUGGAUUAAGUUUACAUUUAUUAAAUCACUUAAGAUGAGAGGGCUCUAAAUGUUUAAAAGCAUACUUAGAAGGUAGUAAACGGGUUUUCAAUGUCCUACUUUGUGGAAAUUCACUUAUCACACUCAGAUCUGGGACCAAUUAACAGCGACUACUGUUAGUCACGAUUAGCUAGGAGCUGCAGGAUCAGCCAAACUAUGACAAAACGGUCGACUUGCAGACCGGAAACGAAGGUAGCUCCUAUAUACCAUUUAUAUGGAAUCGUCUUAAGAUGCAUGAUGAAUGUGGAUUCUUUGUGAAAACCCAAUUUUUGCAUCCUCCACACCAACUAACAGGAACACAGUUGCUGUAAACACACUCUCAUUAUUGCUAAAUGCAAUUUAAAAUCUAAAAAAAAAAGUGUUGGAUUUACAGCAGGAAGUGGAUAAAAUGCAUAUGACUGGGUUGUCACAUCCUUUCUAAAUUCUUACAAUGUUAGCGUAGUGGCGAUGCUUUAGUUGAUAUGGAACAUGCAAGGUUACAUCCAAGAACACAUUUGCACAACUUGACAGUUCUGAAAAGGAGUAGGAAGAAUCAGAGCUGAUUUUCAUCCUACUCUUUUUUUCUUCUCCCACGCUACUGCAAUGACUGAUUGUAAUCAUGAAAAGACCAAAGUCAACAAUGCUGCAAAGUCUGAUUUUUUUUUUUUGCGCAAUCUUGCAUGUCUGAACAGGGUGAUGCCCACAUUGACUGAAACAUUAUUAUUAUUAUAAGUAUGGGUCAAAAGGUUUUUCUCGCUGCUGUUUUCCUUCCCAAGCAGAAUCGUCAACCAAAAAUGAUUGAUUUCCCUUUAUCAGUAAACUGUAAAGUAAACCACACUUGCCCUCCUUUUUAAUGAGUAUUCAUGAAUAAUCAUAAAAGGUAAUGGUCCCCUUCUUAUUGUUUCCCCCCCGUGUUACGCUUUUGUAAUGAUCAUAAUGUAGUAAUGCUGUAAUAGUCACUGUCCUACUGUUUUCUUUUCCUUUUCAAUGACCGCAACAACAACAUUUGAAACCUGUAUCAUAAGGCCACACGGCGACUGUGAAACUUGAGAUACUGUAUUUGUACUUUCCGUACUUUCUAUUAUAAAAAUGAUUGUCUCUUGUUGUCCAAAUAAAAGCGUCCAAGACGUUAA